AUGGCAUGUGUUGAUUUUAAGAAGUCAGCUGUGGUCGGGGUGGAGGAUCUUGUGUUGCUGCCACAGCUUUCUGACAAGGCCAUAAUGGAGAACCUCAAGCUGCGCCACAGCAAGGACAUCAUCUACACAAGUAUUGGCCCCGUCUUGUUAAGUGUAAACCCAUUUAAAAAGAUACCGAAUUUAUACGGUGAGGAGCGCAUCGCGUUCUUUCGGAGUGGUGGAAAGAGUAGCGGCGGUACUUUUGGGAUCACCCAUGGUGGGCCGCACAUAUUUGGCUUGGCGGAGGAGACAUACCGCACCAUGGUGUCAGAAGAGGAGAAUCAGUGUGUGAUCAUAUCAGGGGAGUCGGGAGCGGGAAAGACGGAGGCGUCCAAGCAGAUCAUGCAGUACAUCUCGGCUGUCUCUGGUAACACAGUGGAAAUGCAGCACGUGAAGCGUGUUAUUCUGGAAUCCAACUCGUUGUUGGAGGCUUUUGGCAACGCAAAGACCGUUCGGAAUGACAACAGCUCUCGAUUUGGGAAGUUUUUUGAAAUUUUUUUCGAUCGCAUGGGUGGCCCUGUUGGCGGGCGCAUGUCGAACUUUCUUCUGGAGAAGUCACGAGUUGUUAGCCAGCAGUUGGGAGAGCGGAGCUUCCACGUGUUCUACCAAUUUUGCCACGGGGCCAGUCCGACGCUACGUGAGCGACUGCGGUUACGGCCCCCGGGUGAGUUCUUCUACUUGAAUCAGGGCGGCACGCUGGAUCGUGAUGGCGUUGACGACGCGAAGGAGUGGGCGGAGACACUUGCGGCCAUGGAAGCGAUGUCGAUUUCGAUGUCGGACCAGCAGUCCAUCUUUGACACACUCGCUCUCAUUCUCCACCUUGGGCAGCUGCAGUUUGCCCCGUCUGCGGCAGACCGUGAAGACGCCGCAUUGAUGGUUUCAAAUCCGGAGGAACUGAAUUUUUGCGCCAUGCUGUUGGGUGUAGAUGCGGCAGUGCUUGAGUGGGCAUUCACGUGGAAGCGGCUAGAAAUGGGCACCAGCGAGGUGGUCAACGUUCCUCUUGACAUACAGCAGUGCCGCAAUGCCCGCGACGCCCUCGCGAAGACGUUGUACCACCACUUGUUUGACUUUGUCGUGGAGUCGGUGAAUGUGGCUUUGGGGAAGAAGCCCUACGACUUAAUGCUUGGCGUUCUUGACAUUUACGGAUUUGAGAUUUUUGAAAAGAACGGUUUUGAGCAGUUCUGCAUUAAUUAUGUCAAUGAAAAACUGCAGCAGAUCUUCAUUGAGUUAACGUUGAAGGUUGAGCAAGAGGAGUACGUGCGGGAGAAGAUACCAUGGGAGGAGAUCAAGUACUUCAACAACAAGAUUGUCUGUGAGCUUAUUGAGGGGACGCAGCCACCCGGGCUCUUUUCCGUCAUGGACGAUGUGUGUGCCACGAUGGCGAAGGAAAAAGAGUCCGUGGCUGACAUCAAGAUGCUUGACAAACUAGACGCCGUGCAUACUGGUAACCCUCACUUUAACAGGACAGAACGAGGGUUUCGUAUUAAGCAUUACGCAGGAGAUGUUUAUUACAAUGCGGAGGGAUUCACAACCCGCAAUAAAGAUCUUCUUGGUGCUGACAUUGCCUUGGUGCUUGGCACCAGCUCCAACCAAUUUCUGUUAAAAAUUCUUGCGGAGACCAUUGCGGGAGCAGCACAAGGUCGCACGGUGGGAAAGAAACCACGUGUGACUACCGCAGGAUUUAAGAUGCGGCAGCAGGCGUCAUAUCUUGUCAAGACGCUCAUGGGCUGCAACCCACAUUAUGUGCGCACCAUCAAAUCCAAUGAUGAGAAGCGCCGUGAUUUUCUGGAUGAGGCUCGGGUGUUGCACCAAGUAAAGUAUUUGGGUCUUCUCGAGAACAUUCGUGUUCGUCGAGCAGGGUACAGUUAUCGGCAAUACUUCGACAAGUUUCUCAAGCGCUUCAAAUAUGUUAGUUCUGAGACGUUUCCACGCUCAUUUAAAGGCUCGGACCGUGAUGCCUGUGCCGCUAUCCUGCGACAUGUCGGAGAUGCCUUACCGCAGGGCUCAUGGCAGUUGGGCCAGCAAAAAGUAUUUAUCCGACAACCACAGCACCUAUUCACACUUGAGGACCUUCGCGAGAACGCUCUGGACAAUAUUGUCUUUAAGAUUCAACGCGCAUGGCGCCGUUAUCAGCAGAAUAAGGACAGCGUUCUCAUGAAGAGCGCCAUAGGGCGUAUGUAUCUCAAGGCCGGAAAGACACGACGGGCGGAUAGUGUGUUCCGCCCUUUUUUUGGUGAUUAUCUCGACUACCGCAACCGACUCAAGCCACUUCACCCAUACGUGGAGUUUAACCCCAUAGGGAGCGCUUGGAAGGAGUUCUGGACAGAAGCGGGGAAGCGCUAUUACCAUAAUGCGAUUUUCCAACAGAGUCAGUGGGAACGUCCACGUGAGAUGUCUCCGCAAAAAAUUGUUUUUACCGCCCUUGUGGAGCGGGUUGUCAAUCAUCAGAAGGCUCUACUAGAGAAGAACUUUUUGAUUAUAACAGAUUUGGCUGUCUACAUGAUACAAGAACGGUUGGAAACCAUUGUCCAGCCCGCUGCGAAGCCCACAAAGAAGAAUGCUCACCCUCUACCACCUUCGAAUUCUACCAUAACGAGGUAUCUUCUUCAGAAGCGACUGGAUUUGCGUCUAUUGUCGGGGAUUUCUCUCACCACACAUGCGGAUACGGUUCUCCUGUUGCACUUUUACCAACCAACCGUCCCGUAUCGGCCAAUUGUGGGAAAUACAACAGCCAAAAGCAGUAAAAAGGUUUAUCAUUGUGAAUGCUGUGGGGGGAAACUACUACCAGCGGCGACGAAACAGAACUGUCCUGGUUGCGGUCGUCUUUGCUGUGCUAAAAAAUGUUUGCAGUACAAUCGGCCGCUCCCUACACUUCUCGGACACAGCAAACCGGUGCGAGUAUGCCCCAAUUGCGUGCACGGGGAGCCUUUUGAACCGGUUGAGGACGUGGUGUUGAUGACCCCCAUGAAGACUGAGGUUGUUGCUGUGCUAAGGAAGUUGUACCGCCAACUGAUGGGGAACAAAGUGCCCGUGACGAUUAGUGACGGUUUAACGUACCAUCUCUUUGGGGAGAACCGACCGUGGAUCCUCACAGCAACAGCUUUACCGUCCAUUUCUGAAACGGCACUCAUUUCAUCUUGCCCCUUUACCCUUGCAGUUAGCGCGCCGCCGGGUAUUUCUCAGGAGAUUAUUCAGGCAAUUGAAACAGCACGGGAAAAACGACGCGGCGCAGCGGCGGAACGGCGCAGGAAGGAAGAAGAGGAGGAGCGUGCCCGCGAGUUGUUGCGGGAGAGGGAACGCGAGGAGGAACAUCGUCGUGUUGUGGAGGAACGCAAAACGGCGAGGGCAGCUGUGGAGCAAAAGCAGGAAUCGGAACGGCUGCAGCGCGAACAAGCCGCUCGCGAUCAACGGGAGGAGUCGGCAAGAAUCGUUGCGGAAAGAUCAACAUGGUAUCGGUGA